CCGAAUUCUUCCGGAAGUGCGCAGCCUCUGCGGAUGGCGGCUCCUGGCUGACGGCCGCCACUGGAGCAGACGGAGCCGCCGCACCGGGGAAUGCCAGCUGCUCCCUGGCAUUGGGCAGGCUGGCGCAAGGGAGCGCAGGUUCUCUGCGGCCGAGCGCAGUGUGAUGCCUGGCGUCUGAUUCCUUUGAUGUGGAGGGGUGAGGCUCUGUCCCCGUGCAGACGUGCUGGACUCCGGACUGAUGGCGUCAGGCACGGCGAGCCGCUCUGAAGACGAGGAGUCGCUGGCGGGACAGAAGAGGAGUGCGUCACAGGUCUUGGGCACCAUCCCCAAGCGGCGGAGCUCCUCCAGGUUCAUCAAACGAAAGAAGUUUGAUGAUGAGCUGGUAGAGAGCAGCCUCGCCAAGUCGUCCAGCCGGGCCAAGGGGCCCAGUGGGGUGGAGCCAGGCCGCUGCUCAGGCAGCGAGCCCUCCUCCAGCGAGAAGAAGAAGGUCUCCAAAUCCGUCUCUGCACCCGUCACCCCGAGCCUGGUCCCAAACCCCAGCCUCCCCAAGCGGAUGAAGAAAAGCAAACAGCCCCUGCAGGUAACGAAGGACUUGGGCCGCUGGAAGCCUGCGGAUGACCUGCUGCUCAUCAAUGCUGUGCUGCAGACCAACGACCUGACCUCGGUCCACCUGGGCGUGAAGUUCAGCUGCCGCUUCACUCUGCGGGAGAUCCAGGAGAGGUGGUACGCGCUGCUCUACGACCCGGUCAUCUCCAAGCUGGCCUGUCAGGCCAUGCGACAGCUGCACCCCGAAGCCAUCACAGCCAUCCAGAGCAAGGUGCUGUUCAGCAAAGCCGAGGAGCAGCUGCUGAGCAAGGUGGGAUCGACCAGCCAGCCCACGCUGGACACCUUCCAGGGCCUGCUGCACAAGCACCCCGAGACGUUCUACCCAGCGCGCACGGCCAAGGCCCUGCAGGUCUACUGGCAGCUCAUGAAGCAGUACUACCUCCUGGACGACCAGACAGUGCAGCCGCUCCCCAAGGGGGACCAGGUGCUGAACUUCUCCGAUGCGGAGGACAUGAUCGAUGACAGCAAGCUGAAGGACGUGAGGGAUGAUGUGCUAGAGCAUGAACUGACCGUGGCCGACAGGCGCCAGAAGCGGGAGAUCCGACAGCUGGAGCAGGAGCUCCACAAGUGGCAGGUGCUGGUGGACAGCAUCACGGGAAUGAGCUCCCCGGACUUUGACAACCAGACGCUGGCUGUGCUGCGGGGGAGGAUGGUGCGUUACCUCAUGCGCUCCCGGGAGAUCACACUAGGCAGAGCCACGAAGGACAAUCAGAUCGAUGUGGACUUGGCGCUGGAGGGGCCCGCCUGGAAAAUCUCCCGCAAGCAAGGCGUCAUCAAGCUGAAGAACAAUGGGGAUUUCUUCAUCGCCAACGAGGGCCGGCGCCCCAUCUACGUGGACGGGCGCCCCGUGCUGGGCGCCACCAAGUGGAAGCUCAACAACAACUCGGUGGUGGAGAUCGCCAGCCUGCGCUUCGUCUUUCUCAUCAACCAGGACCUGAUCGCCCUCAUCAAGGCCGAAGCUGCCAAGAUCCCCCAGCAGUGAGGGGCCCUGCUACCAUCCGGUGUCUGCUGGCGUCACCCGCUGCAGGCUUCCCUGGGGCUGCCCCCUCCCCUCUGGCGGGGGGCAGGGCCUGGGGCCGACCUGCACAAUGUUCCCUUCCAAAUAAACGUGUCCAACCUGC